UCUUUAAUCAAUAAAGACAUUUGUUUAUUACAAUACAAAAUUAUUGUUUGCUCAAGUAUUUUACAAUAUUAAACAUCCAAUGCUUAUUUCAGAUUUUGAACGGUGAGUAAGAACUUUUGGUGUGCCUUUUUGGCUUACUCUCUUACCAAGCUAGGUAUUAAAAAAUAAAACAUUGCUGAAUCAUCAGCCAAUAAAAUGUAAGCGAGUCAGAUAACAUAGGGUUUCCACUAAAAUGAUAAAAUGUAUCUGUUUGGAGCCUGAGAAUCGUUUUUUGAAUACGACCUAAUCAAACACGAUGAUAUUUAUGUACACCAUUGCUUACACAUUCGACAAAACUGUCCCCAGUGGUUACAACACCCUUAACCCCACGUACCUCGCACUUUUGUUGCUAUGGAGUUAAAACGCAAACACGCUUCAAAGUUAUCAGUUAAACUAUCGGCUUACCUCUACGCGUAGGUAUCAUACCAUUCGCGUUGCAUCGUCACAUAGUAGGUUUAAGCACCUACCUAAAUAUACACUAAACUAUUUUACUACUAUAUUAUAGGAAAUAUACAGGUUUAAUCAUAUCAUCGAGGUUCGAGGUAAUUACUAAUGUGGUUCCGUACGGUGAUUAACGAGAUUGAGGAUGAUAUUUCUUAAUACGUAAAAAGCCUACACAGAUGCAAAAACAUGGACGGUGAAAUCGUUGUGCAAGACCUCGAACUACAGUCGCUGAUCGGAUUCGACGGCAAUCCGGUGAACGGUCUCAUUCUGCAUCCGGACGGCGUUCAUUUGGUGUACCCACUCGGCACUAACAUCGCGGCGUACCAUUGGCACACAAAGGCUCAGCGGUUUUUCGAGGGGCACACGAACGUGAUAUCCGCCGUCACGGUGUCGACUUCCGGCCGGUACGUGGGUUCUGGUCAAGUGAACUACAUGGGGUUCCGGUCGCCGAUAAUCGUGUGGUGUUUCCACACCGGACAGGUGGUUGCAAAAUAUGAGUCGCACAAGGUGCGCGUCGAAUCCGUCGCGUUCUCGUGCUGCGAAAACUUUCUGAUAUCGCUGGGCGGCGUCGACGACGGUUCGGUGAUCGUUUACGACAUCGACAAGCGGGAGGUGCUAUGCGGGUCGUCGUCCGUCAAGUCGACCGCGGGCUCGGCGACGGUGCUCCGGCCGGUGCACACGCGCGGCGAGUGUUUCGUCGUGGCCGGCGAUAACAUACUCAGGCUGUGGACGCUCAACAGGGAACAGCGGAACAUCCAGGGGCUGGACGGUUCGUUCGCCAAGAUCAAGCGCAAGAUCUUGUGCACCGUCAUCGACCGGCUGGACGAGUAUGCGUACUGCGGCACCAGUACCGGCGACGUGAUGAAAAUCAAACUGAACUUCUCGGCCGACACAGCCGUAGUGGCCCCUACCAACGCUCCGACUCUGGUCGGGUGUUUCGCCAAGUACCCGCCGGCCGGCAAGAACAGGCGCGGCGUUGCUGCCGCCGCCACCGUGGAACUGUAUAGCAAAGGAAUCACGGCGCUGUACCUGGUCGCGGACGGCACUAUGCUGGUGGGUUCCGGGGACGGCGUCAUCGAGCUGGUCAAGCAGAAGGUCCGCGAUGUCGGUAACUGUUCCCGCGGCCGCAGCUCGUACAGUAAGCCGGGCAGCACCCGGCUAGCAACGCCCACCCGCCCGCUACUGAUGGCCAUCAAGUCAGCCAACGUCGAUUCGUCCGUGACUAGCAUACAGCUGAUGGACGACGGCGUCGUACUGGUGGGCACCGUCAACUGCGAGCUGUUCGCGGUCCGGGCGCGCGACUUCGACGUCACCUGUCUGUUCACAUGUCACACGUCUGUGGUGUACGAUCUGGCGUUCCCGCACGGCUACAGCAAGGUGUUCGCCACCGCCAGCAAGCACGACGUGCGCGUCUGGUCGGUGGACACGCUCCAGGAGCUGCUCCGUAUCACCGUGCGCAACUUCACGUGCUCCGGCGUGCUGUUCUCGUACGACGGCGCGCAGAUCGUCACGUCGUGGAACGACGGCAACAUCCGGAUAUUCGCGCCGGAAACCGGACGGCUGCUGUACGCCAUAAACAACUGUCACAAUAAGGGCGUGUCGGCCAUCGCCAUGUCCAAGGACGGCCGGAAACUGUUGAGCGGUGGAGGUGAGGGCCAGGUCCGCGUGUGGCAGGUGGACAACCUCAACGGGGCGCUGCAGGCUGUGCUCAAGGAGCACAAGGGCCCGGUGAGCUCGAUCGACGUGCACCAGUUGGGCCACGAGGCGAUCACGGCUAGCGCGGACGGCACGUGUGUGGUCUGGGACAUUGUCCGGUUCACGCGGCUGUCCAUCAUGUUCUCGUCGACGAUAUUCACCAGUGCCAAGUACCAUCCUAAUGGCGCCCAACUGCUCACAUGCGGCACCAAUAGGUACAUUGGGUUUUGGGAGGCGCUCGACGGGUCGCUGAUACGCGAGAUCGAAGGAUCGUCGGCAUCCGCGCUCAACUCGCUAGAUGUUACGCCCAACGGUAAGUACAUCGUCACCGGCAGUUCAGAUCAGAUGGUGAAGGUUUGGCUGUACAACGAAGGGGUGCCCACGCACGUCGGGGUGGGUCACGCGGGUGUGGUGACAAACGUGAAGGUGAGUCCGGACGGUAAGUUCGUGGUGAGCACAAGCGCAGACGGCGGCAUAUUCCUGUGGCGUUUUCCGCACUCCGCGGACACCGCACCGCCCGGUAGUCGGUGCAGCGCAAACAGUGGCGGCGGUGGUGCAGGCAGUCUGCGCGAACAGCAGACCGACCGUUCGAGGCAGCUGUCGCUGAAGAAGACGUUGCCGGCCCGGAAAGAGAACAUAAACGUCAUAUCAAAGGCGCAAAAGGUACGGACGUCCACGGAUUGUAGCGGAUCGACUUCGGCGGCCGCGUCGGUAGUGACGGGUGACGCGAACGACAACGAAAAGGCCGUCGACGAGGGAUCGGUAAAAUGUCUGUGCCGGCGCGGGUCGACGGCCACUUGCGUUUGUUGCGACCACGGUACCGGUGGUCGGAAGAUCAAACCGUUUGUCCGAUGACGAGUGCGCGAGUGCCUAAAUUAUUUUCGCAAUUGACAGUAUAAUAAUUGUAAUUUAAGUAUAAUUCGGUGUUUUAAGUAUUUUUGUAAAAGUAUUGAAAUACUUUUUAAGUUUAUAGAACACUAUUGUUUAAAUACUUAUGCAACGUCGGGUUUUUUUUAAGGUGUUUUAUAAGUUUUUUUUUAAAAAAAUGUUUUAUUUCGCAUUGAAUAUUAUACAUGCCUUUUACAUUUA